ACCUUUCGAAUUGCUUAUCCAUACCAUUCUCUAUCUUCAUUCUCAUUGCCGACUAAAAGAUGAAAUCCGUCGUCCCUUUCUUCCUUUUUCCACUCUUCUUGAUCAUCAAUGUUGUUUUAUCAGCGGAUAAUAUUCUUAUGCCAUUUGAACGAUUUCAAUAUGAUCUUGCAUUGUUUUUACCAGUUGUCAAACAAGAAGUUGAAUUUGCAGAACUAUCGAAUUUGACUGAUGAUCAAGCUUUCGAACAACUGAAAACAUUUUUCCCAUCCUUGCAACAACGGAUUCAAGAGCUCAGAAAUACUGGAUUAAUUGCUGAUGAAUUGAGAGUUAAAAACAAAGAAGCAAUUGAUAAAAUGUGUGGACAAGGGCAUCGAUUUGGAUAUCUUCUUGUCUCUGCAAAGUUGACAAAAAUGAAUGAAGUACUUAAUACAAAAAAGAUCACUGCAGCGAACAAUUCGAAAAUGCUUUCUGGAAUUUACACCGAGCUGAAGAAUUGGGAACUGUCAUCGAAAGCCCCUUGUCAUCGACUUCACACUGGAAAAUGAUUCAGAUCAAUUGAUCUUAAGAUAUUUUUAAUGAAGUGGUUUUCUAAUAAAAUUUUGUUUCAAUUUAUUUAAUAAAAUUUAUAUUGUUUCUUAAAAUAAUGUGCCAUUUCUUACUGUGAUUAUAAUUAAAGUAUUUUCCAUAAUUUUUAAACACAAACAAUAAAUAUUACAGUUUAAAUAAAGUUGUUUUUCCCACUU